AUGAGUUCAUUAGUACAAUAUUUAUACAAUUCAACAGAUCUGAUGUCCAAUGCAUAUAAACUAUGGUUAAUAAAUCUAAUAUCAUCAUUAGUCGAUUUACUUUUUCGAUCACCAUCUGAAUUAAUGAUUGAUAAAAAAUUUUUAUUAAUGUCAAUUGAAAGAAAUCGUGUUAAUGAUUUAUUAUCAAUAAACCCAUCAUUAUUUGAUUAUUAUUUAAAUGAAAAUUUAUCUCAUGAAGAAAAAUGCAAAGUCCUAAAACAAAUUGAACAUAAUGAAGAAUUUCUUUUAAAAAUUGCUCAGUUAUUUAUACAUAACGAAGAUUAUUCAUCAUUUAUAUCAUUUGGUCUAAUUAUUGAUACUUUACAGAAAUAUUUUUUAAAUAAAUAA